AUGGGAGAGAAGGCAGUGAAGAAAUGGGUGGAAAAAAUUGGGGAGAAUGCUGUUUGCGGUCCAGAGCAAGAAGUAUCACUGUUGCAGUUUGAUGAUUCGAAAGGAGAGUAUGUUGGAUAUGUGCCAUCACAAUUGGCUGCGCAGAUGGUAGAUGAUGAUUGGGCUACACAGAGGCCAUUGAUUCCCAAGUGUACUGAACUUACAGUAAUAGCCGAAGAGGGACAUGUGACUGGAACUGAAAUUGAAACUGCAGCAACUGUUGAUUGGAAUGUCGUUGAAUUAGAUGAGCCUACUAAUUUGGUCAUUGCACCAAUGCCUGACAUUGAGAUGGCCAAACUUUUUGGCAUUCCAGUCGAUGACAGAGAUAAGCGGGAGAGGGGUGAAUCUAGUUUGCCUGCUAAUGCUGAUGAAGAUGUAGAUGGACAAUUGAUGGAACAAGCUGCAGAUGAAAUCGACUGCGCCGAGGAGGACGGCAUCGUGGUGUUCCAGGGCGGCAGCAGGGUGAAGGCAGACGCCAUCGUGCACUACACUGGGUACAAGUACAACUUCUCGUUCUUCGGCGACGACUCUGCUAUCACGGUGGACGACAACCACGUCGGCCCGCUAUACAAGCACGUGUUCCCGCCGCGGCUGGCCCCUAGCAUCUCCUUCGUCGGACUGCCAUUCAAGGGAUUCCUUUUCCGGGUGUUCCAGCUCCAGAGCAGCUGGGUGGCCGGGGUUCUGUCGGGGAGGAUCGAGCUCCCGUCGUCAGAGCAGAUGACGCAGGACGUGGCGUCCUUCUACUCAGACAUGGAGGCCCGCGGACACUCAAAGAGGUUCACCCACGACCUGGGCGUAGGCACAUUCGAGUACGAGGAUUGGCUGGUUGAGCGGUGCGGGCUGGAGAGGAUCGAGGAGUGGAGGAAGGAGAUCUAUGUCGCGGCGAGAGGCAGGGUGAGGGACCAGCCGGACAGCUACCGGGACAAGUGGGAUGACGACGCCCAACUGUUGGAGCAAGCGCAACGUGAGAUCUCGCCAAGUUCUGAUCUUACCUCAUCGAGGGCUACUUGCGGUUCGGCUUAUUCGGAAAUGGAAUGGUUGAUGAUAUGA